AUCAAAGCAAAAGAGGAAAAAAGAUGAAGAACCAAAUUUUUUUUACAUGCUUUGCCCUCUUUUUCUUCCUUCUUCUCACAAAGUGGUCUGGAGUUGAAGGUCAGACUUGCAAGCCCAGUGGCAUAAUCAAGGGGAAAAAGCCUCCACCGGGACAAUGUAACCAAGAGAACCACUCUGAUUGUUGCGUGCAAGGCAAGCCUUACACUGUUUAUAAGUGUUCGCCCCUUGUGUCUAGCCAUACAAAGGCGACGCUAACCAUCAACAGCUUUCAGAAAGGUGGAGAUGGUGGUGGACCAUCAGAAUGCGACAACCAGUAUCAUUCUGAUGAUACUCCUGUGGUAGCACUGUCAACAGGAUGGUUCAACAAUAAGCAGAGGUGUUUGAAUUAUAUCACCAUCCAUGGCAAUGGAAGGAGCGUCAAGGCUAAAGUAGUUGACGAGUGUGACUCUACUAUGGGGUGUGAUGCCGACCAUGAUUACCAACCUCCAUGUCCUAACAAUAUUGUUGAUGCCUCUAAAGCUGUUUGGAAGGCUUUGGGAGUGCCAGAAAGUGAUUGGGGUGGAUUAGAUAUUUAUUGGUCUGAUGCUUAAUUUAACGUAUACUACAUCUGAGUGGAGGUUCGUUGUGAUUUAUAUGUUUGUACGUGUCUGAUAUUACUAUAAAUACAAAUGCGUGCUUAUU